AUUCCCCGUCUAUAUCUUUGUAAAGAUACCCCAGACACUUUGCAACCCAAAAGAAAAACAAACAAACAAAUUUCUCCAAUUUGGUUUCAAAACGUCUAACAUUGUGAAGCUCAUUGGAUUUUUUUUCCUUCUAUGGUGAAUCUGCUCUUCAAUCCAUCAAGAAUAUUGGAUGGAGAAGGUGGCACACAGGAGCCAUUUGGGACAGCUUUUUCUAUGGCUUCUAAUGAUAGUUGAACUGUCACUCUUUUACUCUGCAUGUUCUGCUGAAAUCCCAGUCAGAAAAAUCCUGAACCUUGGAGAUUGUAACCCUCAUGUCCGGUUGCAAAUAAGUCAUCACAACGUGGUUAUUGAUAAUGGACUUAUUGAAGUCACUAUUGAGAACCCAUCUGGUCAUGUGACAGGAAUAAAAUAUAUGGGGAUGGAUAAUGUGCUUGAAUGUGGAAACCCAAACUCUAAUAGAGGGUACUGGGACUUUGUCUGGGAUAACAGCACCUUUGACAAAAUGGAAACAAAACAUGUGAAGGUCAUAGCACAUACUGAUGAGCUAGUGGAGAUUUCCUUUACCAAAAAUUGGGAUUUCAGAACAGAUCAUCGCAAGACAGUUCCCUUAAACAUUGACAAAAGGUUCAUAGUCCGACGAGGCGUUCCAGGGGUAUACAUGUAUGGUAUUUUCGAGCGCCAGGAGGAUUUUCCGGAUGCACAGAUGUAUCAAUUAAGAAUUGUUUUCAAGCUCAAGGAAGACAAGUUUAGGUUCAUGGCGAUAUCGGACACCAGACAAGGGGUUAUGCCUAGGGGAGAAGAUCGAGAUAAUACUCGCAGUCAGACUCUUGCCUUCAAGGAAGCUGUUCUAAUGACCAAUCCAUCCAAUCCACAAUUUAGAGGAGAGGUUGAUGACAAGUACCAAUAUUCAUGUGAAAACAAAGAUAACAGGCUUCACGGGUGGAUAUCCGAUGACGAUGCGGUGGGUUUCUGGAUAAUCACCCCUAGCAAUGAAUUCCGAACUGGUGGUCCACACAAGCAGGACCUCACUUCUCAUGUUGGUCCCAUAGCUCUCUCUAUGUUUGUUAGUACACAUUAUACCGGGAUCGACAUAGAUGUAACAUAUAAGAAAGGAGAGGCUUGGAGAAAAGCUUUUGGUCCAGUUCUUAUCUAUCUUAAUUCUGCUUCUUCGGAUGAUGAUUGCCGCAAAACACUCUGGAAUGACGCUAAAAGACAGUUGAGUGAAGAAAUCGAAAGCUGGCCAUACAAUUUCACCCGAUCAGAAGAUCUUCCUCACGCUGGAGAUCGAGGAGAAGUUUGCGGUCAAUUACUAGUACGAGACAGAUGCGUGGAUGAGGAAUUAAUGCAGGCGCAAUCUGCCUUUGUGGGGUUGGCAGUGCCUGGAAAUGUAGGAUCAUGGCAAACGGAAGGAAAGGGCUAUCAAUUUUGGACCGAAACAGACUACACUGGCCGUUUCAAUAUUAAAAAUGUCCGGCCAGGGGAGUAUAAUUUGUACGCGUGGGUCCAUGGUUUCAUUGGAGACUACAAAUUGGAUCUCAACAUCACCAUACAACCAGGAAACAAGGUCAACCUGGGUACCCUCAUAUAUGAUCCUCCAAGAAACGGCCAUACAUUGUGGGAAAUCGGGAUUCCUGACCGGACGGCUGCUGAGUUCUUCAUACCGGAACCCGACCCAACAUUUGUAAACCCAUUGUGCCUCGAUGCCGCCGAUAAAUUCAGACAGUACGGAUUGUGGGAUCGCUACUCAGAUAUUUAUCGUCACGGUGAUGUCGUCUACACUGUGGGCGUCAGCGAUUAUUCUCGGGAUUGGUUCUUUGCUCAUGUUCUCAGAAAUACAGGGAAUAUUACCGACUUGUCAACAACCACAUGGCAGAUUAAAUACAAUCUCCAAGAUGUUAACGAGAAAGGAAACUACACUCUCCAACUAGCCUUGGCAGCAGCUUCGUAUGCUGAAUUACAGAUUCGGUUCAACAAUCUAGAUGCUAUUCAACCUUGUUUUACGACAACAAGAAUUGGUUACGAUAAUGCCGUAGCAAGGCAUGGAAUCCAUGGCUUGUACAGAUUGUAUAGUAUUAAUAUACCUGGUAAUAGAUUUAUAAGAGGGAACAACACGAUCUUUCUAACUCAGUCAAGAAGCCAUGCCUUAUUCGACGCAGUUAUGUACGAUUAUAUUCGAUUAGAAGGUCCUGCAGUUUAAUAGAUUAGCUAGUCAUGUACAAAUUUAGGAAGCUGGUUUAUACUCUUUCUCAUUGUAAUAUGGUUAUUGGUCAUUGCUAGUGAAAUUCGAGCAUGCAAGGUAGUCAAAUGAGAAAGAAAAA